GCCAAUCCUGUUCUCUGUUUUCGUGCCGACCGCCGAUCGGUCGGCGAUCCGACAUCCGCGGCCGGCGGCAUGCCCAGAUUUAAGCUUCUUCCUUGCCAGGCAGGAUCUCCGCUCAGCCUCACCCGCGUUGAUCCUUCGUUUAUUCGAUUCUCGUCUCUCGCGAGAUCUUGCUGCCGUACGUCCGUUCGUCCGUCGCCGCCGUCGCCGCUGAUUCCGAAUCUGAUCCGACCGCUCGAUCGAGGAAUCGAGCAUCGUUCUCCGUUCUGCAGGAGCGCCUUGGCAAACAGAGCUAUUGGGGUGCAACAUGGCUGUGAAGGCCACGGUUUUGGUGCUGAUGGUCACGUUGGUGGUCGUCGCGUCCGCUGGAUUGCUCGAGACCCUGCUCUCGUGGGACUUGCCGGAGGUCGAAGCGAGAUCGACCACUCCGCAAUCCAAGUGUCUGUGCCAGACUUCCGGUUGCCUGUGCUGCGUCGAUCUGAAUCUGACUUCCACGAUCGACCUGGGCGGGCCGGCUUGCGUAAACAUCAAGCAAAAGGAGCAGAACAUCUCCCUGAACCUGAACUACGGCGACAACCCGGUGCAUAACGCCACGAUAAGGAUCGCGAACGCGGCUAAUAAACCGACGUGCAUGAACCUCCUGUCGGACUUGGCGCAAAUCUGCGCGAGAUUCGCGUCGAUCAAGCAAUCUGACGUCGGCGGCUACGACGGCUGCAUGGUGAUCGAGCCGGCUUUGUUGGGCACACCGCAAGCCACGUAUCACAUAGGUUGCUUCAACUUCUAUCAAGGUGUCCGGCAGAUCGAGGUGUCCGCCAUCACAGAGACGACAGAAUCGACCGACACCUCGGACGACGAGGACGACAGCCUGAACACCGACGAGCUGAUCGCCGCGGUGUCCGCCAGCGCCGAGCACGGGAUCGCGUUGUUCUCGCAAUGGCUGGGUCUCAGCCUGAACCCGAAGCUGAACCUAACGACCAAAGAGGACAGUUCAGUCCCGGAUCAGCAGCAACAGCGCACCAGCGACAGCAGCUCCUCGAGGUCGGCCCGGAACAUGCUGGACAUCCAAGCGGAGAAGAGUGACGAGCGGUUCAAGCAGCUACUAAGCGCCCAGGACAACGUGCUGAAGGGUUCGGCGACCAUCGGCCAAUCCAACGGCAUGCAGACCACCUUCGUGUAUUCCAGGCCGAGCGAUCUGAUGGCCGAGAGCAACAACGCGACCGAGGAGGCCAAGAGGAGGCUGGAGACGGAAGCUGCGGUGCCGCAGCACCUGGUCGUGGUGCCGAAGGAGUCCAGGAGAGGCGGCAGGGCGUACAACAUCCACCAGCACGUCAACGAGAUCUGAGAACGCGGAUGAUUCGGUGGUCGCGCGGCGACCCCGCCGUCGUCGCCGACGACUCCUCUUAGAGCUUAGGAUGGCCCGCACGUAGACUACACUUGUACGUAUUGCACGCGGAGCUGGGCGACGGGGAGGAGAGAACUUCGCUCCGUUCGACCGCUGAGUUGUCGCAGACAACUUGGCUUCGUUCGUUGAAUUCCCUCGCGAUUACACGCGCGAUCUGUGGAGCACGGCUGAAACGCCAGUCCGCUCCUCGGGAGCUUCCUGAGAAAGGCUGAGAUAUGUAUUGCGCGUUCUUGUCGAACGAAUGCCGCGCGGCCGUCGCGUUUACACCCGCCCAGCUCCGUCCGUAUGAUCUCUCGCGAUUGUGAUCACGUUUGCUCUCGAUUUCACUCCGCUGGUCGAGAUCGUCGCCUCUCUCGUGAUGGUAUACACCACUAACCACUCAUCCGCUACCCCCCCUCCCCCUCCCCCCGCCUACGGUAAUCAUUCACAGUACGUGUUGACUGAAUGUAUGUAUGAUCGUUCGUUUUGCAGUAAAGCAACGAGUGGCAAAUCGUCCGUAGCAAUUACACCGUAAGACAAUUCGAUUGUUCUGUUUCAAAGGGAGAGGAGGAAUCUUCAGAUAAUGUCGUGAUUUUUUCUUGGUUUUCCGAUAGAUCGUGGGGACGACGUCGUCGCGACGUCGAUAGCGUAAGUGACGAGCGCUUCCAAUCGCGCUUCCAAACGGGUCUAUGUAUUUAUUUUCCUCUCUCGUUUUCUCCGUCGAGCCCGCGUACUCUCUCUCUCUCUCUCUCUCUCUCUCUCUCUAAGUAGAAAAUAUAAUGAUAGUGUCUCACGCCACGAGGUUGUGUUUACAUGCGAGAUCGCGAGUCACACUUGCACUCGUUCGCGGCAGGUCGUACACGUUAUCUGGAGUGUGAUAAGGAUUUUAUCAGGACAAGUUAUAACACUUAUAUGUGAACACUCUCACGCAUAUACACAUACAGCACAUACGUGUAUUCACACGAGCAUAGUGUACAGACCUGCCGACGCAGUUCACUGCAUUGCGAUGUAAUCUCAAUCAAAAACGAUCCUCUACUUGUAUUCCAGUGUUCCCUGAUUAAUAUUACUAAUUAGAAUACACGAAACGAGAUAAGAAGUUAAUGAAGUUUCUCUGUUACUUCGGAACGGCACGCGAUCCGCGUGUGCGAAAUUCUCUCUCGGUGCGAUGCCAGGAUGAACUAUGUAAUGUUGCAUAUUAUUUAUAUAGCUCGAUGCGCAAAGCUGAAUAAAAAUUCUUUGACGAGGGAGAUCGUGUUCUUUUAUUCACGUUCUUUUCUAUUGCGAUGUAGCUUGAAAUAUAUAUUUGAUCACAUAUUUAAUAAGGGAACGUCCGUUUCUCUUGUCAUGCGCUUCGAUGUGUGACCUGAAAGUUUUAUUCUCUGAGAGAGAGUGUUUUAUAGUAACAAAAGUCUACAAGGAUUGAAGAAUCGAGAGUGCCUCUUGCCGAAGGACGCGCAGUUUCAUUUACUCUCGAGGGGCGUUAUUGAUGUUAAUAGCGACAUUAAUAUAUUCUUAAUUACUGAUUUGAUUAUUCACAUCAAAAGUUUGAUCUUUAAAAUACAUUACGCAUCUCUGAAAAAACUUAUAUUUUAUAUAAAAAUCUACGUGUCUAAAAAAGAUAUCUCGAAAUACUGCACCAAGUGAAAAAUAUCUAAAAAAUUAGAAAAGCAUUCGGUGAGUACUAACAAUAUGUGUACUCUUAAAUCUAAACUCUUAUAUUUAAAUAGAUCAAACAAUUGCUUCUCCCACGA